AUGCCUCUGCUGGGGACGCCGUUUUCCAUUGAUCGGCUGCUGGGCCUGCACCUGUUUGACAGCGCAUUCGGCCCAGCACCACCGCCUAGCAAGCCCGCCAGCACUGCUAAAAAACACCCCGCAACGACCUCGGCCGCUUCCUGCUUCGCUUCUUCUGCAUCCUCCUCCAACAUCCUCAAAACUGGCGCGUCCUCGACCUCUUCAUCAUCAGCGUUAGCCCUGCUCGGCCUCGUCGCCCAGGACCCCGAUCCAGCAUCAUCUCCGUCGCCUGCCGCCGCUGUAGCCUCGCCGCCUGCCCCCAUCGCUACGUGGCCAAUGGCGCAGCUACCGGUCGAGAUUUUCGAAAUCAUCACCAGGUAUCUGACCCGGGCUGAUGUCCAGGCCCUCCGCCUGGUGUGCAGGGAGUUCGAGGCCAAGGUCUCUGCCCAGUAUUUCCGAAAUGUCGUCGUGCCCUUCCGCGCUGAGCUGUACACCAGCCUAGAUGACGACAACAACGCCGCCAUCACGUCGAGGCUGUUUUCAAACGGCAUGCGCAUCUUCGAAUCCUUUGGUCCUCACAUCUUGCGCUUCGCCCUAUCGCUCGAGCUGGACGAAUUCAUCCUCGCCUACCCGCCCGUCAAACCUGCCCAAGAAGCCGUCCCCGCCUUCUGGGGCAUCUAUCGAUGGCCCCACGAAACGUACAACCGCUACAGAGACCUCGAAGGUCUGGAGCAGACGGCCGAUGAAACCGACAGCAUGAAGAAGGCUCUUCGCUGCCUGACCAAGGUAACCAACAUCGGCCUCUGCUGCGAUGCGGGCCUGGGAUUUCUGGUUGGCCCUGAGCAUGCGGCCCAGAAGAUCAACAAUCGUGACCCCGUCUUCGAUGCCCGCGACUGGCAUCCGGAAGGUCGUGUAAAGAAGGGUGAUACGCUUGUUGCCGUGUCCGAUUUUAAUGGUGUUCGCCGAGAUCUGACUAGCGCCACAGCCCAGCAUGAUACCUUCAAGCGUCGAGUCCUGGAGAAGAUGAUCUCUGAUGCUGGCUUCGCCGGCUACUGCGUUCCCGAAGCGAUCGACCUUCUACUCGAAACCGAGGGCGUUACCAUUACCGAAAUCGACUUUGACGAGCGAGAAGUUAACGUUGACGAGCAGCAGCAGCAGUUGCAGCAGCAGCAGCAAGAGGCACGCAGCUCUCGGAGAGCCCAGCGCCAGUUUCAAAUCCAUCACCUCCUACAGCAGCACAAUCCACAACCACAGCCGCAACAGCCGCAGCUAGCAGCAUUACCACAGCAGCAUCAACAGCAGCAACAGAAUGCUGACGUAUUCGACAUCUUUGGAUUCCAGGUGCCUGACCAUCACGGGGGACAUAUUCAGCUGCCUGUACCCCCAAAUGGUAAUGGCAACGAGACCACAACCUUUGGACCGCCCGAGGAAGACGCGGCGUUUGGGAUCCCCAUCAAUCCUGCGCAACCGCCUCUUAUUCCAACCAAUCUUACCCGGGCUCAAAAGGAACUGCUUCUGGAGCUGGAGUGGGCUCAUCGGGCCAUGAUCCAAUCUUAUGUUAUCAGCAUCAUCGAUAACGCCAGAGACAAUUGCUUCACGCAUUUGACGAAUGUAACCAUUGCCAAAAUUCCCAGCGCUCACAUUCACAUCUUGUGCCACAAGGAACUCUGGGAGAAUAUUCCUAGUAUCAAAACCGUCUCCCUUGCUGUUAUUGCAGAUUGGAGGAAGAUUUCCAAGCCUUCCCCGGGCGUAGUCGAGGACGUUCAUGUAUCUCCCGUUGAAGCCGUGAGUAAGGUCUAUCGGCUGCUGAAUGAUCAUAUCGGACGACAACCAAAUAUCGAGAGCCUUCGCUUCGAGUGGAUCUGCGGUGGCGAGUUUGCGAGAGGCCCGUAUCAGCGCAAUCAAUAUGUUCUACCGGCUCCAUUUGUUGAGUCCUCAGACUUGAUGAUUUCUCCCGAGGGCGCCAAAGAUACCAAUAGGCUGCUGUAUCUGCCUUACAUCAAGCACUUGUCACUCAAAAAUUGCUGGUUCGCGCCGCACAUUUUGUUCCAAACAACUCGUUACAUGGCGCUACACUGUCUUGAAAAGCUGGAGUUUGAGACUGUUUCUAUUUCUGGGCCUCCCACCAUUCCUCCACAACAGCCUGCAAAUCCUGCUCCGCUCGUUGCCGACGAUCAAGGCGUUCCGAUUCACCCACUCUUCCCCCCCUUUGCUGGCCCUAUGCCAGGCGCCCCUUUCCAACCGCCUGUGAUUCCUCCACCGCCCGAGGAACCGUCCGUUGACAGACUUGGGCUGCCAGAAACAUUUUCAUGGGCUGGUUUCUGCGAGCAUUUCAGCCCUGGCAUCAAGAUGCGUCACCUUCCACGCUUUCGCGAAUCGUCCGGCUCGGACACAGAUGGAACCAACAGUAAAUCCGAAGACCUUUCUCCUUUCUUACCGGAUGCCAAUAGGCUCAAGGUUGAUGAGUCUCGGUAUGGCCUCAGCUCCAUAUCUUUCAAGUCCUGUGGCUAUGUCUUUAUAGAUGUACGCACCCUUGAUAUCAGGGCGAUUCUGCCGACAGAGGCUCAGCUUGGUCAUGCGUUUGCAAACGCUCUUCGACACGACAUCUUCCACUCGAUGCAGUACAGCAAAGACAAGUUCCUCGGGCGCAUUGUGCCAUUCAUGCUGCCCGCCGAAAUGAAGACGCUGGAGCAUAUUUUCUUCUUUGAGCAGGGCUGGAGCAAAGUGUACCCUGAUCAGGUUCUUGAAGACGCUAUUACUGAUGGUUUUGACUGCCCUGGCAUGGCACGCUUCUCUGGAACUCUCGAGGGAACUGGCGAUGCUGAAUCACUCGUGCUGACGGAAUGA